UCUUUAAAUGCUGCAAAAACAAAUCAAAUACCAGUUAUCUCGUGUGUAUAAAGUGCCAUAGUGAUACCCAUAGAAGUUGUUUAGCCCGUCAAAAGCACAAAACCAUGAUAGACAAAAACAAAAUCAUAUGUAAUGACUGCAAAAACGAAGAGAAUCAGAAGACGUCAACACAAAGUGAGUGCGUAAUAGGUAUAUGAGCAAAUAAUUGAAGAAUUGAAAUCAGCUAACAUUCAAAAAGAUGAACAUAUAAACAAAUUAAACAGAAAAUAUGAGGCAUAUUACAAUGAAUCACUAGAAAUGGAAAAUAAUUUAAAUAUCAUCAUACAAACCCAUGAAAAAACAAUAGUCGUAUUAAAAAAUGAAAUAAGUAAUCAAGCUAAAUCCUUAUCUAAAUUAGAAUCAGCCAAAAAAGAAGCAAAUGAAUCGGGUAUACAAACCAUCGCAGACGAUAGUAUAAAAAAGGUAAACAUUUCACAAAAGGAGACACAGACGGAAAUGGGCUUCCAAAAUAUUGAUGAAUCAACAUUGGGUACUGAUAAAUGUACAAGUACACUUGAAACAGUGAAGGACACCAACGCAAAACCUGCUAAUAAUAACAAAUCUACGGCAAAGAAUAAGAAAAAGCAAAAUAGUAACUCCUCUUUAAUGAAAGUACAAUUAGAUACUAAAUGCCCAAAGGCUAAAACACACUUGCCCGAAAAGUGCAUACAGUCAUCAAAGACAGGGAAUAAUAUUGAUAAAUCAACUCAGAAUAAAGCAAUCAAAAAAAUGCAGAGGAAAGUCCGUGCUACCGAUAGGCUACAUAACCAACCUCAAAAGCGACCUACAGUCAGGGAUAAUGAACCAAAACAAUUAAAAACAAUAGUAAACGGCUUCUGGGUUGAGAAAGUAGAAGGAAAUCACGAUCUUAAUUACCAAGAAAAGGAAAAUGAGCAGACACGUGUAGCAAAACAAAAACAAGAUAGAAGCUUAAGAGAUGAAUUGGAAGAAGCUACGAAAAAUCAAGGUACAUUUAUGUUCAUAGACAAUGCAAGCUCAGCGAAUGGAACCACAGAAAGUUGGAAAGGAGACUCAAACAAUCCUGAAGUAAAUACAACAAAGAAAACGAAAUCAACGAUAGAGAAGCUGAACUAGGAACACAUAAAAAACAUGAUGGGGAUAUUAUGCAUGCAGACGGAAGUUUUUGAUCCCAUAUCAAAUUGGGUAAUCGAAGUAGAUGCGGAAAUUUUGAAAAAUGACGGAUAUCACAAUAAGGAGCAGUCAUUGAAUGAUGUACAUACACUUCGUUCGAAGUAUUGUAUCAGUUGAAGAAACUGAAAACUCGGUAAAAUCGGAAACGGGAUUUUUGAAAAAGCUAAACGAGAACAAAAGUUCACAUGUUGAAAGUGAUCUUCAGAAUAAACUUUCCUCAGAUGUCAGAAAGGAGGAUGAAUUUACACAAAUGAAAAUAACUAAACAUCAUGCAAAAAUAAACAACAACCCUGGAAAAAUUAAUAUUAUUUCGCAAUGGAUAUUGAAUUCAAGUGAACCUACAUUUGUUAACCCUCCCCAUACAUCUGAUGAAAAUAAAUAUCAAGAGAUGUGUAUUGCGGAACAGAAUUAUGUGAAUAAUUUUGAGUUUGACACUCCAAAAUUUGAUAUGUCAAUAACUGAGGUUGCCUUUUCAGAAGCAAAACAAUAUUCACAUCUAGAAGAUGAGUCUUUGAUAAAAACUAUUGAAACCUCUGAAAGAAGUGACAAUGAAGUUCAAAUGAUUCGCGACAAUUCUAAAAAUAGUAGU